AUAACGAGCUAUUUCCUGUUUUUGUUGUAGGGAUCUCGAAGCCGGUAUGAAGUGCAUCAAAAGGUACACGAUGAAUUGCAUGAAGGCGACGCAACGGGAGCACUUCAACUCUCUCUACUCCGGUACCAACAUCGCUAUCAUGGAGCUUUGCCAAGAUGGCCCGUACCAGGACGAAUUCUUGAAGCACGCUCCGUGCAUGCAAAAAUCCAAAGCCGAGUACGAGAUGUGUUACAAAUCAUACCAAAAGACGACUCAAGAGAUAAUGACCAACCGUUCGUUGGGACAUCAAAAUCUCAAAUCUCUGUGCUGCGCCUUCCAGGAAUACUUGGAAUGCUCUCAUCAUACGGUACGCCGUCAGUGUGGCGAUGAUACAGCCCGAUUCACGAAAGAGUUCCUCGACAGAAUGUCAAGCUCACUGCUAAAGGCGCACUGUGCGCCCUACACGGAAUGCACCGCCGCAUACAGCGGUACCUCUAUUCCAAAUCUUUCCGCCGUUAUGCCAAUGACGCUUAUUCUCCUUAUGAGGUACUUUACGUAAUUGGCCUCGGCCAAGAUUAUUUUUUUAUCUUCGGAAGAUAGAAAACGGGGAAGCGAGAGAGAGGAAGGGAUUCACAGAGAAAGGGAAUCGCAGAAGAAGAAUAUGGAGGGACGACGAGGAGGAGGAGGAGGAGGAGGGCGCAGGAGUUUUCUAGAACGCGAGAAACGCAGGAAGCCCAUUCGGCUUUUAUUGUGCUUUGCUUCAGAGGGAAUAUAUUCCUUAUUUUCUUAUUAUGAUGAAUUCUUCGGGGAAGGGCCGAAGACGAGGCCGAAGCGAUCAAAGAGAAGCAAGAAGGGAAGAGAGUAUCGGAGCGAAAGGAGAUAUUCAAGAGCGGGAAAGAUACGCGGCGUUUUCUUUCUCCAAAGAGGAUAUAUCUUUCAUUUGCAUGAUGAUGAUGAUGAUGAUGCGCGAGAUCGCAAUAAUCACGAUUACGGAAGCAAACAACGGAGGAUCAGUAUUAAGAACCGAAAGGACGACGGAGGGAGGCGGGGGUAGGAUACUUUAGAAAUACGUUACGGAAGAGCGAAAAGAGAAGAAAGCGAGAUCGCAGAGGAGAGGAUUUUCAGGACGGUUCUCUUCCACGUACCGUUGCGGCGUUAUCGCGAACUGGACGACAAGAGAGGAGGAUAGCUUUGCUUGAUCGCCUCGAUGCGAUCCGCUAGUCUGUAAACCGCCGCGCAAGACUGACUCGAUUUUUGCGCGGUUUUGUCGCGAGAUGAGAAUUGACAUAAAAAUACUCCUUAUUAACUCGGCGAGUUUCUUCGCGGGCUGUUUCCGGCGCGAGGUACGCGAGGGUAGAAUCUGAUUCUCGGGAACACGUGUGGCAUUUUGGAUGAUCGACGAGAAAGGCGGCAGAAGUAAGAGAUUUAUAGCGAGACGAGAGGCAAACGGUGUCUUUCCGUGUCACGUUUUCGCUCCGAUCUCGAAGAGGAGCGUUUGUGCGGAACGAGCGAACUAUCGUCCUGAAAUCAAUUUCGUCGAAUAAUCGCGAUCUACCGAUUCGCGAAAAUAGCGCCAGAGCGAAGCAAGAAUCGACGAUUCUAAGUAUAGCGAAGAAUUUCCGCUCGAUCGGAGAGCAGCGGAUAAAAUCGUAGUACGUUCCUUUGCGCGUGAGAAGGAGAGAGAGAGAGAGA